CCCCUUCCCUCCUUCCCCCUCCACUCCUUUUUCCCUAUCCAUCCUCACAUUCUCUACUUCUCUAGUGUUACUUUUUAUUGUUUCUUUGUUCUUUCUUUCUUCCACUGCUGCCAUUUUUUUCUUCUUCUUGUACUUCCACAACUACUAUUCCUACUACGACUACUACUACAAACUUACCCACAACUGCAAUUCUUUGUCUUUUAAAGGCAUACUGCAACAGCACUGGUAGGGUAAGCUGUUCGUCUCCCGAAUAAAGAAGUGUGAAGGGUACCCACCCUUUGAGACAAAAUGAAGGAGACCGGCAGGAAACAGGGGGCAGCAUCGCCUUGUGCUGCCUGUAAGCUUCUUAGAAGGAGGUGUGCCCAGGAUUGUGUCUUUGCCCCUUACUUCCCUGCCGAUGAGCCACAGAAGUUUGCUAAUGUCCACAAGGUGUUUGGUGCUAGUAAUGUCAACAAGAUGUUACAGGAAUUACCACUGCACCAACGCGGCGAUGCUGUGAGUAGCAUGGUAUAUGAAGCUAAUGCAAGGGUGAGAGACCCUGUCUAUGGUUGUGUGGGUGCUAUUUCAUCUCUGCAACAACAGAUUGAUGUCCUUCAGACCCAGUUAGCUCUGGCACAGGCUGAGGUAGUCCAUAUGAGAAUGCGUCAAGCGGCAUCUACAUCUAAUCACGCGGGUAAUUCGAGUGAUAGUGCCUCCCCUGCCUCCAAGCUAAUGACCCCACACACCAAGUCUUUCUUUGCUUUAGAUAUGGUAGAUCAGGCCAAUUUAGGGGAGUCCUUGUGGUCAUGCUAGUUUAUGAAGCAUGUCUUCCUUCUACUACUGUGGGCUUUUUUUUUUCGCUUGCCUCCUAUUACUUAUUAUACUUUCCCCCUCCCCUUUCCCUUUUUCAUCCCCUGUUCUCAUAUACAUCCUUACAAUAGAUCAAUAUGAUGAUGAUCUACCCAUAUGGUUUGGGAGGAUUCUUUAUCAUUAACCAUAUUGUAAAUAUAUAUUUAACUUAUGGAUAUGAGAUAUCAAAUAGCUAUUAUAAGUGAAAAGAUUGAUACUUUAGCUUUGUUGUGCUUUCA